ACACACAUACACCGCUGCUGCGCUUGCUAGGAUCUCAAUGAGGAGAAAUGACCGCGAGUGACCUCAAAGGACACGCUGCGUUUUAACGGAUGCUAAAGCUAGGCUAGGCUACUCGAAGCCAACAUGGAGAAAGCCAAGUCACUGGUGGACAAGAAGGGGGCGUCGGGACCUUUUCACGUGAGCAACGGCCAGAGGGGGUUUCACAGCAGCCAAGCCGUCGUAGCCGCUAACGGCAGCUGCUGCAGCAGCAAUUCAUUCGGCUUGAGCACCGCGGGAUCCGGCAGCGGCAGCAGUACGUUUGACAGCAGCAUGCAUCACCUGCAGCGCGCCGAUGACAAGGAGUGCAACGGGUCCCCGGCCAAGAGGUGCCGAAUGCGGAGGAGCAGGACGGAGUCGGUGAAACGCAACAGACCUCCCUUCCCCUGGUUUGGUAUGGACAUCGGUGGGACCUUAGUCAAGUUGGUGUACUUUGAGCCAGUCGAUAUCACUGCUGAAGAAGAACAAGAAGAAGUUGAAAACCUCAAGUCUAUCCGCCGCUACCUCACCUCAAACGUGGCCUAUGGUAAAACAGGUGUUCGUGACGUCCACCUGGAGCUGAGGAACCUGACCAUGUGUGGCAGGACAGGAAACCUGCACUUUAUCCGCUUCCCUACUCAGGCCAUGCCUCGUUUUAUUCAGAUGGGAAGAGACAAGAACUUCUCCAGCUUGCACACGAUGCUCUGCGCCACGGGAGGCGGGGCUUACAAGUUUGAGAACGACUUCAGAACAAUGGCCGACCUGGAGCUGCUGAAACUGGACGAGCUGGACUGCCUCAUCCAUGGUCUGCUGUUUCUCGAUCGGGUGGGCUUCAACGGACACCCAGAGUGCUACUACUUUCAGAACCCAUCAGAUACCCACAGCUGUGUGAAAAAACCCUGCAACCUGGAAAACCCCUUCCCCAUGCUGCUGGUCAACAUCGGCUCGGGCGUCUCUAUACUAGCCGUGUACUCUGAGAACAACUACAAACGGGUAACUGGAACAAGUCUGGGAGGUGGUACGUUUCUGGGCCUCUGCUGUCUUCUGACGGGCUGCGAGACAUUCGAGGAGGCGUUGGAAAUGGCUAGCAAGGGCGACUCUACAAACGUGGACAAACUGGUGAAAGACAUCUACGGGGGAGACUACGAGCGCUUUAGCCUGCAGGGUUCUGCUGUCGCAUCUAGUUUUGGUCACAUGAUGUGCAAAGACAAGCGAGACAGCAUCAGUAAGGAAGACCUGGCGAGAGCCACGUUGGUCACCAUCACUAAUAACAUAGGAUCCAUAGCACGCAUGUGUGCUGUUAAUGAGAAAAUUGAACGUGUGGUGUUUGUGGGGAACUUCCUUCGAAUCAACACUCUGUCCACUAAACUACUAGCCUACGCCAUGGACUACUGGUCCACAGGACAACUGAAAGCCCUCUUCUUGGAACAUGAGGGCUAUUUUGGAGCUGUGGGGGCACUGAUGGAGCUGCUCAAGAUGAAGGAGGACCUGUGAAGUAAUUCUGUCAUCUCCACAGAUCAAUCUCAGCCUCCAAUGCUACGACGUCAUCAUCUCUAAUUGCUGGGACAUCAUUGUUUGAUUCUGUUGAAAGUUUACCUCUAAAGGAACACUGAGAGAGGGACAGAGAAACAGAGAAAAGCCAUUUUAAUAUAUAUUAACAAUUGUAAAUAUUGAUAACCUCUAAUGGUCAUCGGAAGCUCCAGAGUCCUUCUAUCAUAGAGAUUUAAUAAUGUAAUUAUUAAUUUAUGUUUUUUGUUAGCUC